AUGAAACUGAAGCUGCCUAACCCUGGUCUGGAUGGGAGAAUAGCAUCUCAUGGAGAGCUGGAGAAGAUGGAGACAGAGGAGGCAGGAGACAGGCCUCAGUGGGACAACAAAGCCCAGUACAUGCUCACUUGUGUGGGCUUCUGUGUUGGACUAGGCAACGUCUGGAGGUUCCCUUACCUGUGUCAGAGCCACGGUGGAGGUGCAUUCAUGAUUCCUUUUCUGAUUCUAUUGGUUCUGGAGGGGAUUCCACUGCUCCACCUGGAGUUUGCCAUUGGUCAGAGACUGAGGAAGGGGAGUGUGGGCGUGUGGAGAUCCAUUAGUCCUUACCUCACCGGUGUAGGGAUUGCAUCUCUGCUGGUCUCUUUUGUGGUGGGAAUGUACUACAACACCAUCAUGGCCUGGGUGAUGUGGUACUUUUUUAACUCUUUCCAGGACCCUCUGCCUUGGAGUCAAUGCCCCAUCAAUGAGAACAGGACAGGCCCGGUGUCAGAGUGUGCCCGCAGCUCUCCCGUGGAUUACUUCUGGUACAGGGAAACACUAAACACCUCACCCGACAUUGCGGACUCAGGUGGAUUGCAGUGGUGGCUGGUUCUGUGUCUCUUCUGUGCGUGGAUUGUCCUCUACGUUUGCUGCAUCCGAGGGAUUGAGACCACAGGAAAAGCUGUUUAUGUAACUUCAACAUUGCCUUAUGUUGUUCUCACUAUCUUCCUGAUAAGAGGAUUGACUCUCAAAGGCUCUCUGAAUGGAAUAAAGUUCCUCUUCACCCCAGAUGUGAAUGAACUGAUGAACCCUUCUACUUGGCUAGAUGCUGGUGCCCAAGUCCUGUUUUCCUUCUCUCUGGCUUUUGGAGGUCUCAUUUCAUUCUCCAGUUACAACUCUGUGCACAACAACUGCGAGCAGGAUGCAGUUAUAAUCUCAAUAAUCAAUGGCCUCACAUCUGUCUACUCUGCAACUGUCAUCUAUUCUAUCAUCGGUUUUAGAGCCACUCAGAAAUAUGAUGAAUGCCUUGAAAGAAACAUCCUAGAUCUUCUAAAUGCUUUUGAUCUUCCUGAGGGAAACAUCACAGAGAGUAAUUAUGAUGAGAGCCUCCAAAGUCUGAACAGCACAUUUCCAGACAUCAUUCAGGGAUUAAACCUGAAGACCUGUGACAUGCAAUCGUUCCUCAGUCAGGGUGUUGAAGGUACUGGUCUGGCCUUCAUUGUGUUCACUGAGGCUAUAACCAAGAUGCCAAUAUCCCCACUUUGGUCGGUGCUCUUCUUCAUCAUGCUGUUUUGUCUGGGAUUGUCCACCAUGUUUGGAAACAUUGAGGGGGUGGUGGUGCCCUUGCAAGAUCUCAACAUCCUCCCCAGGAGAUGGCCUAAAGAAGUUUUCACAGGUCUCACAUGUUUGGUCUCCUUCCUCAUUGCACUCAUAUUUGUCCAGUCCUCUGGCAACUACUGGCUUGCCUUGUUUGAUGGCUUUGCGGGCUCUAUCCCCUUGUUGAUAAUUGCUUUCUGUGAGAUGAUUGCUGUGGCUUACGUCUACGGAAUAGACAGGUUUAAUAAGGACAUUGAAUUCAUGAUUGGACACAAGCCCAACAUUUUCUGGCAGGUCACCUGGAGGGUUCUCAGCCCACUGAUUAUGCUUGUCAUUCUCAUCUUCUACUUUGUCACCACUAUCAGCAAGAACCUCACAUACAUUGUCUGGGAUCCUGAUUCGGAAAGCUUCCCCAAUCUGGCAGAGGUGACCUACCCAGGGUGGAUCAGUGCAAUCAUUUUCAUUCUGGCAGGAAUCCCGAGCCUUGCCAUUCCAUGUGUCGCCUUGUUCAAGUUUGUCUGGAAUCGCUGCUGCAAAAAAGAAAACAGACACAGUAUAGACCAUCUCAGCACUAUAUCUGACAAAGUUCCCAUGAGUGUGAAAACGUCAAUUUAA